CAUCAUCACCAAUAUUUACAAUAAAUAUCAUUUCACACCCCUCGUGUUGUCCACUUCCAAAGUGUGUAAAUAAUAUAACUAUAUAAGUGCAUCUCUCUCAUGGAAUUCCAAACCCAACUCCACUCCUUUCUGCAACUUUUCCGGUGAAUCGGGAAACUGAUUCUGUAGUUAAACGGAGGAGGAGAUAUGGGGUUAGUCAAGGUGGCUGUCGGCGAUGGUGUGUUGACUUUCAUGUGGGUGUUCUGUGCUUCCUGCCUUAGCGCCGGAACUUCCAUUAUUGCCAAAGCUAUCGGCGUUCAAGGAAUAGCUAAACUGUUGAUCACAAUCUCACUCGUCUUCAUCCUCUUGUUUAUUUUCGGUAUAAUUGGAACUGCGUUAGGUGGCGCUAGUUUUAAUCCUACUGGUACUGCUGCCUUUUACGCCGUCGGCCACGGUGGUGACACUCUUAUCUCCGCCGCAGUUCGUUUUCCUGCUCAGGCUGUUGGUGGAGUUGGUGGUGCGUUGGCGAUUGUAAGAUGCAUGCCAUUGGAGUACAAACACAUGCUUGGAGGACCUUAUCUGAAAGUUGAUAUUCAUACGGGCGCCAUUGUUGAAGGGAUGUUGACAUUCAUGAGCUCCAUUCUUGUCCUCUACAUUAUCCUUCGUGGCCCUAAGAGCUGGCUUUUGAAAAACUGGUUGCUUUCUGCUUCUAUCGUGAUACUCGCUGCUUUUGGUAGAAGCUACACAGGUCCUUCACUGAAUCCUGCCAAUGCGUUUGGAUGGGCAUAUGUAAACAACCAUUACAAUACCCGAAAACAUUUUAUUGUUUAUUGGGUUUCUCCGUUCAUAGGGGCAAUAUCGGCAGGGUGGAUUUUCCGUUACAUCUUUCCACCACCUUCAAAGCAAAAAGUUGCAUGAAGUGGACUGAAGUAGCAUUUGUACCAUGGGUACCCCUAGUAUCAUGGAACAAGAACGUAUUUGUGAAAUUGAUAAAUGCUUUACUUAAUGUAAUUUAUAUAACAGUUGACAUUUUUUUGUCAUGUGUUUACGUUUGUUACCCUUUUGGAGAAACACAACCAUGAUACAUUUGGCUUUA